CUGCAACUCCCUCCUCACUGGCUUACCCUUACAUAAGCUAUCUCCCCUCCAACUCAUCCACCUUACCAACCAUUCAAUGUCUGCUACUCCUCUCUGCCUAUCCCUACACUGGCCUCCAUUCAGUGUCCUCCACCCCUCUCUGCCAAUCCCUCCACUGGCUUCAUUCAGUGUCCUCCACCCCUCUCUGCCAAUCCCUCCACUGCCCUCCAUUCAGUGUCCUCCACCGCUCUCUGCCAAUCCUUCCACUGGCCUCCAUUCAGUGUUCUCCACCCCUCUUUGCCAAUCCCUCCACUGGCUUUCAUUCAGUGUGCUCCACCCCUCUCUGCCAAUCCCUCCACUGGUCUCCAUUCAGUGUCCUCCAACCCUCUCUGCCAAUCCCUCCACUGGUCUCCAUUCAGUGUCCUCCACCCCUCUCUGUCAAUCCCUCCACUGGCCUCCAUUCAGUGUCCUCCACCCCCCUCUCCCAAUCCCUCCACUGUCCUCCAUUCAGUGUCCUCCACCUCUCUCUGCCAAUCCCUCCACUGCCCUCCAUUCAGUGUCCUCCAACCCUCUCUGCAGAUCCCUCCACUGGCCUCCACUCAGUGUCCUCCACCCCUCUCUGCCAAUCCCUCCACUGGCCUCCAUUCAGUGUCCUCCACCCCUCUCUGCCAAUCCCUCCACUGGCUUCCAUUCAGUGUCCUCCACCCCUCUCUGCCAAUCCCUCCACUGGCUCCCACUCACCCAACAAAUAACAUCUUACAAAGCCAUCCACAACUCGUCCCCCAGUUACAUCACUAACCUGGUCUCAAGAUAUCAACCAAAUUGUUCUCUUUGUCCCUUCCAGGACCUCCUCUCUAGCUCCCUUCUCGCCUCUUCCCAUGCUCCC